AUGAGAGCUUUAACGAAGCAACAGUCUCUGUUUUUCAUCAUUUUGUGCCUCAACAGUUUACUUACUGUCUCCCCAAUUGCCAGCUUAGAAGACGACUUAUCUUUCACUCCAGAUAUAUUGGUCGAAGGAAACAUGACCAUUGUCUCCCCCUGUGAAGUCUUUGAGUUGGGUUUCUUCAAGCCAGCCAAUACUUCAGGCUGGUACUUGGGGAUAUGGUACAAAAAUGUCCAAAACAGAACAGUUGUUUGGGUGGCCAACAGAGACACCCCACUUUCAAAUUCAUCAGGAGCUCUUUUGAUGACUGGUGAUCAUGGAAACAUUGUCCUUCUUGAUCCAUCUGGAAACGUCACUUGGUCAUCCAAUCACACCCAAGUUUUGAGACCAAAUGUCCUGCUUUUGGAUACAGGUAAUCUUGUGAUCAAAGAAGGAACCGAAAACAGCCAAACAUUUUUCUGGCAGAGCUUUGAUUAUCCCACACACAUUCUGCUUCCGGAUAUGAAGCUUGGAUGGAACUUGAGCACAGGUUUAAACAGGCACUUGACCUCGUGGAAAAGCUCAGAGGACCCAUCAACAGGGGACUUUUCUAUCAAAAUAGAUUACCAUGGCUUCCCGGAGAUUUUCCUUUGGCACAAACAUGUUAAAAACUUUCGAACCGGCCCCUGGAAUGGGAUGAUAUUUAGUGGUGUGCCGGAAAUGUGUGCUUCGAAGCAUGGUGUCGAUUUCAACUUCGUUACGAAACAAGAUGAGGUCUACUACUCGUUUUCAUUACAGAACAAACUGGAACUUGAAUAUUCAGGCUUGACAGUGAGUCCAAAUGGGGACGUUCAACAGAUUACAUGGGUUGAGAGCACAAAGAUGUGGAAUAUAUUUCAGUAUCCCCCAAAGGACCAAUGUGACAGCUAUGGAGAGUGCGGUCCAUUUGGUAUUUGUGACACAAAUGCUUCACCUGUGUGUAAAUGUGUGAGGGGGUUUCAGCCUAAGAAUUUGGAGGCUUGGAAUUUGGGAAAUGGUUUAGAUGGGUGUGUGAGAAAACGAGAAUUGAAAUGCACAAAAGACAAGUUCUUGAGGUUGAGGAGUGUGAAAUUGCCUGAGAGUGGGGGUGCAUUUGUGGAUGGGGACAUCAGCCUUGAGGCAUGUAAAGAGAAGUGUUUGGAGAACUGUUCUUGCAGUGCUUAUUGUAACAUGGAGAUUACAAAUGGAGGGAGAGGUUGCGUCAUGUGGUUCAGGGAGCUAAUGGACAUGAGGGUAUAUGCAGAUGGUGGCCAAGAUCUCUAUGUUCGAUUGGCACCGUCUGAAAUAGGUGGUGAUGGGAAGGAAACACUAGCAAUCAUAAUUGUAGUCGCUAUAGUUGGUCUUGUCAUUCUUCUAGCAGGACUUGGUUUCUACAUUGUAUGGAAGAGGAAUUUGCGUAUUAGCCGCAAUGCAAGGACACAACCAAAAGGUCCUUGUGGAAGAAGCCAAGUUCUUCUGCUAAAUGAGGUUGUUUUCACAAGUAAGGACUUCUACUCAGGGGAAAGGAUCAAUGAUGAGCCAGAGUUGGCAUUGAUUGAUUUCAGUACUGUAGCAGUGGCUACUAAUAACUUUUCUGAUGAAAAUCUACUCGGAGAAGGUGGUUUCGGUUAUGUUUACAAGGGGACAUUGACAGAAGGUCAAGAAAUUGCUGUCAAGAGACUUUCAAAAAACUCUGGACAAGGAACUGAAGAAUUCAAAAACGAAUUGAAGUUAAUUGCAAGGCUUCAGCACAUAAAUCUUGUUAGACUGCUUGCUUGCUGCAUUGAUAAGGAUGAACAGAUGCUGAUUUAUGAAUACAUGGAAAACAAAAGCCUGGAUGCCUUUUUAUUCAGCAGAGAAAAAAGGUCUACGUUGGAUUGGCAAAAGCGUUACAACAUUAUUUGUGGUAUUGCUCGAGGACUUGUUUACCUUCACCAGGAUUCAAGAUUUAGAAUCAUCCAUAGGGAUCUCAAGGCAAGCAAUAUUUUACUCGAUGGAGAAUUCACCCCCAAGAUAUCAGACUUUGGAAUGGCUAGAAUAUUUGGUAAAGAUCAGAACGAAUCUCAUACAAGAAGAGUAGUAGGAACUGGCUAUAUGUCUCCUGAAUAUGCAAUGGACGGGUUCUUCUCAACCAAGUCAGAUGUCUUUAGUUUUGGUGUUCUAGUGUUGGAGAUUAUUAGUGGCAAAAAGAACAAGGGAUUUUUUAAUUAUUCAGACAAUAAACCAAACCUCCUAGACUGUGCUUGGAAGCAAUGGAAAGAAGGAAAGGGGUUGGAGAUAGUAGAUUCAUCACUUGGGAAUUCAUAUUGCCCCUCUGAGGUGUUGAGAUGCAUUCAAGUUGGCCUUUUGUGCGUCCAAGAGCAUGUGGUAGAUAGACCUACAAUGUCCUCUGUGGUUUUCAUGUUGAGCAGUCCAGAUGCAACAAUGCCGCAGCCUAAAACCCCUGGUUUUUGUCUAGGAAGGAACCCUGCAGGUCAAACAGACUCAUCUUCAAGCAAGUUGGAAGGAUCUCGCACUAUAGACCAAGUAACGAUCGCAGCGUUAGACGGUAGGUAG